AUGUCUCUCCCGUCUCUCCCCUCCACUGGACCGUGCAUUCGACCUGCUCUUAUCCAUCUCUUCGGAGCAUCUCGAGCCUUCUCGACCACGCAGCCCAUCCGCUCAAAUUCCAUCCCCCCCGAAUCUCCCUCUUACAUCCGCCUCUCGAGUCCCCCUCAGUCGGAAGAGAAAAGGCUACCACGCAAAAUACGCCCCGAGUACAUUCAACGUACCGCCCCGGAGCCGACCAAUCAUCUCGAGCCGUCAAACGAAGCCCAGAAAUGGAAAUAUGAAUUGGCAGAAACCAGAAGAAACAACCUCAAGUCCGGCUUGCGAGCCCUCUGGAAGCGGCGAACCAAGAGCGACAAUGUUCGCCACCAUCGCGUGACCAGCAAAUUCGAAGAACACAGACGAGCUGCAGAGGCGCCGGAGCGGGAGGAUGAGCGAUUGACUCGGACCACUGUCCUUGACGCGAUGCUGGACACCAAAGUAUACCCGGACCCUGAGCGCUUCUCGCGUGCUGACCGGAGCCGCACUAAGGUGUUGGCUCGGGAGAGCGCCAAGCGCGAGGCCCGCCGCGAUGCACUCAUGGAGCUGUACAUAAGCGCAUCCGGCUUCAUUGUUCAGGAAAACGAGCUCAAGGCCGAAAUCGACCGGAUAUUCCAUGAGGACUAUUUCUCGAUGCAGAGUCGAGCCAACAAUCGGUACGGCACCACCGGGAAUAUCUGGGGCAUCUAUGGCAAGCCACCCUCCAUCGCCAACAUGUUAGAGGCUACCUCGGGCUCUUCGACCAAACUCAUGGCUUACUAUGAGACUGAGUAUGACCGGUCCGUCAACCGACACAAAAAGAUUGCAGAGGAUCUCACAGGCGGGAAGAUGGUAUAG